AUGGUUAUUGAAUAUAGAUUAUUGUUGGCAUAUCCACACAAGGGUGUCACAAGAGACACAUGGUGGUACUAUAUGAUGUCAUUAACAUCUUAUUGGGCAUUAGCUGUUUCUCAAUUUUUUGAUGUCAAACGAAAAGAUUUUUGGCAAAUGAUUGUCCAUCAUAUAUGUACUAUAUGCUUGUUAUCUUUUUCAUGGAUAUUAGUAUUCAUUUUUGUCUGGCUGUUAACCAGAAUUGGUCUAUUCCCUUUUUGGAUUUCGUACAGUACAUCAGUCAAUGCGCCCCAAGUGGUAAACCAAAUGUUCCCAGCUUAUUACAUAUUCAAUAGACUAUUGUUUCUUUUACUUGGUCUCCAUCUUUAUUGGACACACUUAAUGUUGAGAAUUGCAUAUCUUUCGUGGAAUUCUGGAAUAAUGGAUGGAGACAUUCGUAGUUCUUCUAGUGACGAAAAUACACUAGAUGAUGAUUCAAAUACCAACAUAGAUGAUAUCAAUGGGGCGUUACCAAAUAGCACAAUUUAA